UUUUAUUAACUUAUUUACCAAGUUGACUUAAAAUAUAAACACAACAUUCAAAAAGUUAAACAAAAAAUUCAUGUGAAAUUCGGCAACACAGCAAAUUUUGUCAAGCAAAUCCACUAGAGUGAAAAUCGACAACAGCGUAAAGCACGGCAAUCAUAGAUUUUAAAAGCGACACACCACGCCUGAACAACUACGUGCUUGAAAAUUAGCAACAUCGCGCAGUGCAGCAGAGCAUUAGAGCACAAGAUAGAGGCAGAGAGAGAGAGAGAGGGAGAUAUAGAGACGAAGAGAGAAACAUUGAAGCAAAAGAGCAUAGCGAGCAACUGAACAGCUAGUAAAGUGAUUUUAUAUACCAACUAUACAAAUGCAAGGACUUAUUUACUAGACAUAACAACAACACGAAGAAAAAGUCAACUGAGCUACUGACGUAAAACUAUCUACAAUAGGCGGAAAGCGAAAAUUGAUAUUGAUUAUUUCAACGUGAGCGCAAUCGUGCAGUUGUCAAAAAGAAACAAAAACUUUGAGAGUUAGUAAAAUUAAGAGAUCUAGAAAAAGGAGAGAACGAUCUUGCAAAUCAACACCACCAAAGAAAACCAACUAAACUAAACUAAUGAAAAUAGUAGAAGAACAAAAAUAUCUGUAAAGGGGAGCUAACGAAUAAUCAUAUUAAAUUUAUACAAAAACAGCAGUUUAUAACAAACGACAAAAACAAAAAACGAGACAUACAAAUACCAAUGUUCCAUAAAGCACAGCAGACCAAGAGAGCAACAGCACCAGCAGUAGCAGCAGCAGUUAAGAGAGAGUAAAAAGAGAACUUAAUAUAACAUAUUUAAAAGCAAAUUUUUAAAUAAAAUCUUAGUGAGAGGGGAGCAAGUAAAAAAUAAUAUUAUAAAUUAUAUAAAAAUAUAAAUAUUGCUGUCUUUUUGCAUUUUUGCAAUUUUAUAAAAAAUACCAAUAAUAAUAAAAAAGCAAAUAUUAAAAUAUAUAUUUAAAUAAAUAAAAAAAAAAAAAACCAAAUACAUACACAGAGGAAAAUCAACACACGAACAUUCCUUUGCAAACAAAAGAGAUACUCUUAACGAAAAAAAAAAUCAUUAGCAAAAUUUACUCUUUUAACUUAAACACAAAAAAUCAACAACUAACUAAAAAUCAUUGAAGAAGAAUUUUACUAAAAGAAUUUUAGCAAAGAAAAAUCAUAAACCACGUACAUACAAGCGAAGAACGAUCGUAGUUGAUCUAAAACCAAUACACCAAGCAGCAACGCAGAGCGAAAGCUACCAAUCGCACGAAAGCUCAAAGUGGCAGCCAGCGAAAGCUCAGCUCCAUAAUACAGUGUAAGGUCUUCUAGUCAAAAGCAGAAAAGAAAAAAAAAACAAAAAAGCAAACACUAUUUGCCAUUUGUGUAAUCAUAAUUUUUUAGCGAAAGCUUACUUAACCUAACUUACUAACUUAAUUUCCAACGGGACUUGUGCAAAGCGCAAUCAAAGCUCUUAUAAAAAAAAUUAAAUUUAAAAAUAAUUACAUUAAAUUAAAUUUAAGCGACGUUUAACCAAGCAGUGAGACUAAUUCCUAAGCAACAAAAAAUCAUACAAAUAAAGCAACAAAGCGCUAAGUAGUAACGAUAGAUAACAGCGAGAAAGCGAGCAGGCGAGAAAGUGAGCAAAAGUUAGAGAGCUGCAGCAGAGGAUCAGAGAGAAAGUGAGCAGCUAGUUAGCGUUCCAGCGCACACAACGGUUGAGAGUAAUUUCCAAAAUUACGCCCCAAAAGCAAGUAGCUACAAUUAAGAAACAACAGCCGCCACAGCAACAACAAGCAGGCAAAAAAAUGACUAACGCCAUGGAUAUCGUAAAGAAUGGCAGCGCCAAUGGCUCCGUCGAUGGCAGCUCCGAUGAGUCGCGCACCAACUUGAUUGUGAACUAUUUGCCACAAACCAUGACCCAAGAGGAGAUGCGUUCGCUCUUCUCGAGUAUUGGCGAGUUGGAGAGUUGCAAGCUAGUGCGCGACAAAGCCUCAGGUAAUUUGGUGUUGCCAGCUUCCUUGACCGCGCUCAAUCCGGCAUUACAGCAAGUCGGCCAAAGCUUGGGCUAUGGUUUUGUUAACUACGUACGCGCCGAGGAUGCUGAAAAGGCCGUCAAUACGCUUAAUGGUUUGCGUUUGCAGAAUAAAGUAAUUAAGGUAUCAUACGCCCGUCCAAGCUCGGAAUCAAUAAAGGGUGCUAAUUUGUAUGUAUCGGGUCUUCCCAAAAAUCUAUCACAACCAGACUUGGAGGCACUAUUCGCAUCAUAUGGCAAGAUAAUUACAUCUCGUAUACUCUGUGAUAAUAUUUCUGGUCUAUCGAAAGGUGUCGGUUUUAUACGUUUCGAUCAACGCAACGAAGCCGAACGCGCUAUACAAGAGCUAAAUGGCAAAACGCCCAAAGGUUAUUCCGAACCGAUAACUGUCAAAUUUGCCAAUAAUCCCAGCAAUAGCGCCAAAGCUCAACUCCCACCACCAUUGGCCGCUUAUUUGACACCACAAGCGGCUGCCGCUACGCGUCGUCUUGCUGGUGCACUGCCAUCGGCUGGACGUAUAAGCAUUGGAAAAAGCCCGAUGUUAGCCAUUAACAAGGGUUUACAAAGAUACUCACCACUGGCUGGUGAUCUCUUGGCUAAUUCCAUUUUGCCGGGCAACGCAAUGACCGGCUCCGGCUGGUGUAUAUUUGUCUACAACCUCGCACCCGAAACGGAGGAGAAUGUCUUGUGGCAGCUAUUCGGCCCAUUUGGCGCCGUCCAAUCGGUAAAGGUAAUACGAGAUCUGCAGACAAGCAAAUGCAAGGGUUUUGGCUUCGUGACCAUGACGAAUUAUGACGAAGCGGUUGUGGCAAUACAAUCACUCAAUGGUUAUACACUCGGCAACAGGGUGUUGCAAGUUAGCUUUAAGACAAAUAAAACUAAAACCGCUUAAGUGGGCCUGAGUGCUGCAAAGAAAACCAACAACAGCAACACACACAAAAGUAACAGCAACAAUAAGAGCAAGAAAAAAGAUGAAAGAAAAAGCAAGACAAGCAGCAACAACAACAAGCAGAACUUUUGUGUGACAAGCCGGCUUACAAAGAGCAGCAAAUAAUAUUGAGAUCAAAAAUUAAGAAUGAAUUGAGAUCAACCAAAAAACACCGCAGUUCAACUUAACAAAAAAC